ACGAGGCCCAAUAAACCCGCAAUAAACCCUGCACAAUAAACCCUGAAAGAAGUAGAGCAGCGCACCUCCCUAUCAAAUUCAAGGGAAACCAUAGGCCAAAGGGGGAAAACACGCUCUCAGACUCAGUCCGGGAAAACACUCCUGCUUCAUUCACUUUUUCCCGCUAAAACGUUAAAGAAGGAGCCAGAAACAACGCAAUCUCGCUCUCUCUGCAACCUAUAAUUGUCCUAUUUCUUUUUGGGUUCCGAUGGGGAAGAAAUUCGGCAACAAUCGAGGAUUGAAGAGACUCAAUGCUGUGCCCGAGAAGUCUGGCUUGAGUAAGCAUGUAACUAAGAGUCGACGUAUUCAGGAAAAGCCACCUCGUAAUCCCUUGCCCAGUUCCUCAGAAGAGUCAUCGGAAGAGCAAGCUAGCAGUGUGGCUUCGGAAGAAGAAGUAAUUCAUAGAGAGGCUUCAAUGUAUGAUAAUUUAUUGAUGUCACUGCGGCCGUGUAGCAAAUCUGUUGAUGAUGCGUGUAACAAGAGACGAAGAUGGGAAGUUGGUAAAAGUGACUCUGAAGAAGAUGAAGAUGAUGGCCAUGAUUCUUUUACGGUGUCAGAGGAGGAUAAUAGUGAAGAAGGAAGUUUACUUCAAGAGGCUGACAUGGUUGACACUGGGGACCAAAGUGAAGAUGCUGAAAUUGAAGAUGACCGUGAGGCCUCUGACACUGAUCAAGAGCAUGACAUCGGAGUGAAUGAUCACUCUUCUGCUGAAGGGUUGGAGUUCGUGAGUUCCUCUAUUAUACACCUUGGGCGCAAGCUCUCAAAAGAAGAAGUUGAGAAUCUGUCACAAAAGAAAUGGAAAUAUAAGUGGGAGGUGCCUGCUGUUGGGAUGUCAAAUUGCAAGUGGAUGGGAACUGGAGACUGUUUCCUAAAGGAUGUUAAAAUCAAUUCUGCUUAUGGUCUCAAGCAAAGAUUGUAUAAGCACUGGUUGGAUGUAUAUGAGACAUCUGGAAGGAAUGAUUUUCAUUCAUCUAAAGAGAGAUUAUUCUUUUCCCUUUGCAACAGCUAUCGGGAUAUUCUGCACUGUGACAAGAAACCCUUUUAUCUCAAAGGCCUGGAAGAAGACUCAAGUAUCAUGGAUGCUUACAUUAUGCAUUCUCUGAAUCAUGUCUUCAGAAUUAGAGAUCUUGUGACAAAGAAUGAUUCAAAACUGGCGAAGCAUCCAGAGAUUGCUGACAGUGAAAUUUUUGAUGGUGAUAGUUUCCGUGAUCAAGGGUUUACUCGUCCUAAGGUUUUGAUCCUAUUGCCACUUAGAAACAUUGCGCUGCGUGUUGUUCAGAGGCUAAUUCAAUUGACCCCUACAGCUUGCAAGGUUAAUGUGGAGCACAUUGACCGUUUCUUUAAAGAAUUUGGAACUCAAAAGGAUGAAGACAAUGCGGACGAGGAUGAGUUAUUGGGAAAUUUAAAAGCUCAGAAGUCUUCAAAACCUUCUGACUUUCAAGCACUUUUUGGUGGAAAAAGGGAUGAAGAAGAUCAGUUUAUGUUUGGAAUUAAGUUUACUAGGAGGAGCAUAAGGUUGUACAGUGAUUUCUAUUCCUCAGACAUAAUUGUUGCUUCUCCAGUUCGUUUGAUUGGGAAAAUUUGGGAGGCUAAAAAAUACAAGGAAAAAAAUGUUGAUUUUCUUUCUUCUAUAGAGGUUCUAAUAGUAGACCAUGCAGAUGUCAUAGGAAUGCAGAAUUGGUCCCAUGUGAAUACAGUUGUUGAAGAAUUGAACCACAUUCCAUCUAAGCCGCCUGGAACUGAUAUUAUGCGCAUCAGAUAUUGGUAUCUGGAUGGAUUUGCGAGGUUUUAUAGGCAAACAAUUAUUUUGGGUUAUUAUUCUAACCCAGAUAUCAAUGGAUUGUUCAAUCGCCAUUGCAUUAAUUACCAAGGAAAGGUGAAGUUGGUAUGCGAGUAUAAAGGCAUUCUUCCAAAAGUUUUACUCCAAGUACGACAGAUAUAUGAGCGAUUUGUAGUGGACUCAAUAGUAGAUGCUGACGAUGCUCGUUUUGAAUAUUUUGUUAAGAAGGUAUUCCCAAAGAUCAAGGAUUCGGUUCAGGGGGGAGUUAUGCUAUUUAUCAGUUCUUACUUUGAAUUUGUACGAAUUCGAAAUUUUUUGAAGUCACAGGAAGCAUCUUUCUGUCUGCUUGGGGAGUACACAGAACAAAGUGAUAUUUCUCGUGCACGAGUUUGGUUCUUUGAAGGAAGGCGGAAAAUUAUGCUUUACACCGAGAGGGCUCACUUUUACUAUAGAUACAAGAUUCGUGGCAUUCAGAAUUUAAUAAUCUAUUCACUCCCAGAGAGGAAGGAGUUCUACCCUGAGAUUGUUAAUAUGCUUGAUGGUUCCCAUAAUAUGUCAUGCACGGUGCUGUUUUCUCGCUUUGACCAAUUCCGGUUGGAGAGAAUAGUUGGAACUGCUCCAGCAAAAAGGAUGGUGACCUCAGAGAAGGAUGUCUUUUUUUUCUGUUAAAUGACUUUUCUGGGCUCCGGAGGCUCUAUUAAAUGCAAAAUGGUAACUCCAUUGCCUACAAGCAAGCACCGGAGAAGACAAGACAAGCUUCAUUCAUCUAUCUUCACAUGCCUUUAGAGACUCUGCUGGAUUUGAUACUCUCUUUUCUUCUUCUUUCUUUCUUUUUUUUUUUUUUUUUUUUUUUUUUUUUAAUUAAUUAAUUAAUUUUUUUUUAAAAGUACUUGAUUUAUAUUUACGUGAAGUGAAGAGUUGUAUAGAGAGAGGCACAAAGCAGUAUCCUGGUAGAAUUAUUGUAACUUUCAAAUUCGCCCCAAUUUUGUCUCUGGGAGGUUUUUUUUUAUUUUUAUUUUUUUACCAUAU